AGUAAUCAACUACAUCUAUCAUCAGGGUCCUCAUAUGCGCGGUGGCCAUUGUCCUGUCGUCUCUAAUACAUGAUAGGCUGUCAUAUCCUGUGAGAGUGACGCGACAGAGGGGGUGGAGUUAGGGAGUCCUCAGCCGCCAUUUUGGAGAUCCUCAUUACUUCAAGAGAUAAUUACACAGUGUCAAUCCGGAGAGACUUUUUUUUUUUGACAUUACACGAUUGUGAGACGUGUCCUAUGUACAUCAUUGAGUCACUGAGGAUGGAGAAGGACAGGAGUCCUAUGACUGAGAGAAUACUAAGUCUCACCCUGGAGAUCAUCUACCUGCUGACUGGGGAGGAUUACACAGUAGUGAAGAUAUCCAGGGAGUGUGAGACACCCAGUAGCCAUCCCUUUGUGUCAGGAGGACUGAGCAGGAGCCAGAGCCCCAUCAAGGUGUCUCCACCUCACUCAUGGAUACAUGAGAGGCACAAUGACCAGAAGAUCCUGGAACUCACCAACAAGAUCAUUCAGCUGCUGACUGGAGAGGUUCCUAUAAGGUGUCAGGAUGUCACUGUCUAUUUCUCCAUGGAGGAGUGGGAGUAUAUAGAGGAACACAAGAGUCUGUACAAGGACGUGUUGAUGGAGAAUCACCGGCUCCUCACAUCACUGGAUGGACCCAGUAACAGGAAUACCCCAGAGAGAUGUCCCCGUCCUCUGUAUUCCCAGGAUUGUACAGAGGAGAAUCACAGGAUCCCACAGGAGCAUCAGGUUGAAGAUCUGACUAAUAAUGCAGAGGAUAUAGAGAGAGAAGAAGAGACGUAUGUGACUGAUAUGAAGGCAGAAGAUACAGAGGGAGAAGAAGAGACGUAUAUGAGAGGUGAUCAAGAGUGCAAUGAGGAGGAAAUCCGUACAGAUAUCAACACAGCAGAUGGACAGAGGGGCAGGGAUACCUCAGAGGGACAUCUAACUUCGUUUCCAGAUUUUAAACUAGAAGAAAAGAACAUGACACGGGAUUCUGCAGGAGAAAACCCCAUUACCCCAGUUAUACAUCCAGUACCUCACAGUGCAGAUAUAUCAUCUGAUCCCUCUAAUCAUGAGGAGUGUAACAUUAAUUCAGAUGUUGCUACACAUAGUACAGUUCCUGCAGAUGCUACAGUCUUUCCAUCUUCUGAAAUUGUUACUUGCUUUAAUAAUCAGUCAGUCUUUAUUAGACAGAAGAAGCGCACACUUAACAAACAAUAUCUGUGCUCUGAGUGUGGGAAAUGUUUUACAUAUAAAUCAGCUCUUUUUACACAUCAGAGAAGUCACACCGGGGAGAGACCAUUUACAUGCUCUCAGUGUGGGAAAUGUUUUACAUAUAAAUCAAAACUUAUUAUACAUCAGAGAAGUCACAAUGUUAAAAAGCUAUUUACAUGCUCCGAGUGUGGGAAAUGUUUUACAUAUAAAUCAAAACUUAUUAUACAUCAAAGAAUUCACACAGGAGAGAAACCAUUUUCAUGUGCUGAGUGUGGGAAAUGUUUUACACAGAAAUCCGCUCUUAUUGCACAUGAGAGAAGUCACACAGGUGAGAGACCAUUUCCAUGCUCCGAGUGUGGGAAAUGUUUUAUACAUAAAUCAGGUCUUAUUGCACAUGAGAGAUGUCACACGGGUGAGAGACCAUUUCCGUGUUCUGAGUGUGGGAAAUGUUUCAUACAGAAAUCGGCUCUUAUUACACAUCAGAGAAGCCACACAGGUGAGAGACCAUUUUCGUGUACUGAAUGUGGGAAAUGUUUUGCACGGCAUUCAGGUAUUAUUAAACAUCAAAUGACUCACACAGGUGAGAGGCCAUUUUCAUGUUCUGAGUGUGGUAUAUCUUUUACAAAGAAAUCAAAUCUUGUUGUACAUUUGAGGUAUCACGCAGAUAAGAAUAUAUUUUCAUGCUCUGAGUGUGGGAAAUGUUUUCCACUGAAAUCACAUCUGGUUAUACAUCAGAGAAGUCACGCAGGUGAAAGGCCAUCUUCCAUGUGCUGACUGUGGGAAAUGUUUUAUACUGAAAUCACAUCUAAUCACAUCAGAGAAGUCACACAGGUGAGAGACCAUUUCCAUGUUUUUAGUACGGGAAAUGUUUUACAUAUAAAUCAGUUCUCGUCACGCAUCAGAGAAGUCAUUCAGGUGUAUUUAUUAACAUCAGAUUGCUGUAGUUUAGGAAUAGUAGUUUAGGAUACUCAUAUUACUUUGUAGUCAGCAUCUUCUCAUGCCUACGGUGUAGAACGGCAAGUUCUAGCUGUUGGUUCGAUCGCGUGUGCAUCUUACUUUUGUUGUAUCUUGAUCAUCCUCAGAAAGUUCUGAAGUUGCGGAUGUUUAUUUGUGACAUAAAAUGUGUUGCCUAGUAGCAACAGAGAGAGGAAAGCGAUAGUUUCAAAGGAAUCUGGUGGGGUUAAUAUUAUAAACCUAAACUGAUAAGGUGUUCAUCUGUGAACGCAUUUUGCUAUCAUUUUUGUAUCUCAUGUUAUGCAGAUACCUCCCCGCCUAUUAUACUAUAAUGAUUAGAGUACAGCAGCGGCGGAUGUCGGGAACUUUUUAGUUAUGUUGGAAACGUACCCAAGUGUUUUUAUUUUCUCUAACGUCCUAGUGGAUGCUGGGGACUCCGUCAGGACCAUGGGGAAUAGCGGCUCCGCAGG